UUCCCAUUGUAUACAUAUUUAAUACAUGAUUUUGAGUUUGUGCUUGAAACAAGAGAAGCCUAGCAAUAAACAAGAUUGUUGCUCAUCCGAAUAUGUGCAUUCAUUUUCUCUUUUUCUCUCCGUUGACCAAUUGAUUCGGAUGUAUUGUCUUUGUCUGACCUGAAUACUGAUUAUUUCUUGUAAUUCAUUAUUCGUUUUUCGUAUUAUAAUACUAAGAUUAUGGACAUGAUGCCUAUUUUCUGAAACCUGGAAGUUAUUUUCGCUCGUGAUUUGGAUGUGAUCGUUUCAUUCGAAUUGUGAAUAACACACAUCUUCAAAAGGAAGUGCUCAUCAUCAUGUUUUUAUUUGCUUCAUUCAUAUUGUUUAUUGUGGUUUGUGUGGCUGUCAAAUUGUAUUUCCGCAUGACCAACGGAAUAUGUGUGGAAAAUACCGAACUAAACGGAAAAGUGAUUGUUAUAACUGGCGGUAAUACUGGCAUAGGAAGUGAGUAUGUACUCGAUAUGGCUCGACGUAAUUGUGCACACAUUGUCAUGGCUUGCCGCAACAUUGAAAAGGGCAAACAAUGCGCUCGUUGGGUUUAUAAGAAAAUCCAAGCCGAAAACAUGACUACAACGGUCAUUACAGUCGAGCAUUGUGAUCUAAGCUCAUUUGAUUCAGUGGUCCGAUUCUGUGAUCGUUUAAAGCGAUUAUCGAUCAAACAACGUAUAGAUUAUCUGAUUUGUUUUGCCGCUGCCACAGGCAUUCCUAUCGAACAGAAAUUCACGGCUGAUGGUCUGGAAAUGCAUUUCCAGUGCAAUUAUCUCAGUCAUUUCCUUCUUAUACACCUGCUAUUGCCACUACUUAACGAGGGUGCUCGUAUCAUUUUAACAUCAUCACAGGCACAUUUGUUUGGCAAAAUCGACCUAGAAAAUAUUAACCGAUUAGAACGGUAUGAUCGUCAUCCAUUUCGAACAUAUGGUGAUUCAAAAUUGGCUUUGGUCAUACUGGCCAGAGAACUGUCUAAGCGAUUAGCCGCAAACAAUAUUUUGGCUUAUUCAUUUCAUCCAGGAACCGUGCUUACCAAUGGCAUAAAACAUAAUCGAAUAUGGUAUCUUCGAAUCCUUUUAACAAUUGUCGCAUAUUUCUAUGGUAAAUCACAUCGGGACGGCGCUCAAACAAUGAUCUAUUUGACAGUGACUGAGCAGCGUUGGCUAUCGAAUGGUCGAUACUAUGCUGAUUGUGCUGUCGCUCAUUAUAACCCAAUGGUGGAUGAUGAGAAACUUGCUGAUCAACUAUGGUCGCAUAGCUAUAACUUAAUCGAAAAAUAUAUUGAUGGAAUCUCUAUAGCCAAAUUUUAAAUCAGUAUGCCGGAUCAUGGAAAUUCAUAAAUUCUUAUUA